AUGGCGGUGUUUUCGUCGCUCAGUACGUUCUUCAAACGUAAUAGAAGGAAAUUGCUUAUUGCAACCGGUCUUUCCUUGACUGCCUACUAUCUUGUUCAUCAGUUUGUGAUCAAAAAAUUUAGAGAUUUUCAAAAAUCGCUCAAACAGGAGCUUUUCGUCAAGGAACAGAUCCGUCGGCGGUUCAUCCAGACCCAGAAUGACUGCUACUUGACUCUCUUAGCAUUAUUGCCGGUAUUGAGCCAGCCGAUUGUGGCUCAUCUUCCUUCGGAAACCAUCACCCAGGCGUUGAAAUUGAAGAAAGCACCCCUGGCAAACGCACAACUGGAGCUUGUCUCCGACUCCCUUCUCACCACCGAUAACCUCAGCUUGCACCAGAGCGCCAACGAGUCGCUGGACCUUUCUACCUACGUCAACAUGUCCAAAACCGACCUCUGGAAACUUCUCAAAAUCAAGACAAUUGCUCGGUGGUUGACCCUCAUCUACUCGCUCUCAGGUUUGAUGUUGAUCACCAGGCUUCAGCUCAAUAUCCUUGCACGUAGAUCGUACUUGGAGUCAGCCAUAGCCAUGGCGGGUGGAACCGUUGAUGAAGACAUGUCGCUGGACUAUUACAUGGAACAAUCGUACUUGUCAUUAUCUUGGUGGCUCCUUAACAAAGGCUGGCGUACCAUGGCCGAUGUGUUGGAAGCAGCGGUAAUAAAGCAUUUCGAUGUGGUCAACGCCAGAACCGAAUUGACCAUUGAUCAGUUUGAUGAGUUGAUUGCGCUGGUGAUCAAGGAUGUCAACUUCAACCAUCAGCGCCUGAUUAUCGAGUCGAUUUUCCCCACGUCGUACGACAGCUUGGUCGAGACGCUUAUAAACACAAAUCCCGACCUUAUCCGUGAACUUGACCAGCCAGAAUCGGUGUUUCUUAAGCUCGUUAAUGAGACAAACUUCUUCGUUGACGACGGCAUGUUCCUGCAAAUAUUCUACAGAAUGGUCAACCAUAGCCGAUCUACGUUGGCAAACAACUUGUGGGUCGCCCUCGACCCAGAUUUCUUGCUUACAAUGGAACAACAUGCAAAAGUUGCAGAAAUUGGUGACCUUCCUAGCAAGAAAUUCAAGCUCGCCAGCUUCUUAGCUCAGGUCAGUGUUCAAAGCGGAAUCAUUUGCGAUAAUAAUAACUUACAUGAGGAGUAUAAUGAAGAGUUGUCAGGAAACAUCUACAUCAACAGCUUGAACGAACUCGAAGAGUUAGACGAGUUCUCCGCCGGUAUAUACUCCAACUUUGAAUAG